CCGGAUAUGCACAAAAAUGGAAGAAGAAAGUUUGCAAAAAUAUUUUGAUUGAGUUUACAAGGUGCCAAAAUGCAUGAAUUAUUUGCUAAGGUCCUUGAUGAAAAGGAUCUUUCUAAAGCAGGGGACUUGUUCUCAUUGGAGGAUCAGGAUAUUGUUGGGGAUAUCUCCACUGCGUUAAAGAAGAUAGGGGAGAUAAUUGAUACUGAAGACUAUAUACAUAAUGACAAUGACCAGAGUGUGGUGGAAAUUUGCAUCACAAGAGUCACAACAACCAUCAGGGAGAUGGACACAAUUGAGGAGCAUUCGUCGGGGCUGGUUAAUCUCUUACAGCUCUGUCAACAACACAAUCUGAACCCGCUGACUCAUGACAAAGAUCCUCCCCAUGCUAAGGUUGCCUCGGACAUCAUGAGCUGUUUGUUUAUGCACUACAGCAAGGCUAAAGUGAUGAUGAUGGCCAUCCCUGUGGUGGUCAACUUCCUGAGCAGUGACAACAAGGAGUUGAGUCGGAAUGUGUCCAGUUAUCUGUCCCUGGCCGCCCUGGACAAUGCUGACCUGCUGGCCAGACACAUGGAAAUCAUCCUCAACAGCAUCUUCAGGGGGAACUACAUUUUAAGUACAGUCCUUCCUCAGAUCUAUGCACAGAAUCGUGACCCAAUUAUAGACUGCACGGCGAGACUGAUGGACAUUCUGGAUCAGUGUGAUGUGUCUGAGAGGAGCAGUCUGUUCCAGGUGUUCUCAAUGGUGGCCAAAACCAAGCCACAGACUUUGGAGCCACACAUCCCCAAGUUGUCAGAGUACCUGUUGACCUCUGUGUUGGCCCCACUGGUUCUUACCAUGUUUGUAGACAUGGCCGUGGCGAAUCCGAAGCCAUUUGUGGGUUAUGCUGCCGCACUGAAAGCUUCUGGGGAGAAACAGCCAGUACACCUGAUUCAUGUUGUUCAGAUCAUGGGAUCAAUUGCCACCAUAAACGAGGACCAGGCCCAGCUCAGCAUGGAGUACUUUGUGUCCAACCUGACCCAGACUGACCAGGCAGUGCUGACUGUCAUCCUCCAGGAAAUCAAGGCCCUCGGUCUGACCCACCCCGACCUACUGGCCCAGAAUAUGGACAAGAUUGGAAAACUCUCCCAAAACGGCUCCAGCGCUGUCCGGAUUCUGGUUCAACAGCUGAAGGAGGAUAACAAAAAAAGGUCCAGCACCCUGGACAAGGAGAUGAAGUCGGUGUCCAGCCAGACAGAGGGGGCGGUGACCGUCAUUACAGUGGGGAACCCCCCAAACUCAGCCAACCCUAAUGGAGUCAUUGUCCGCCACAUGAACAUACCCCCCAGUCACAUGUCUAGUGAGCAGAGCCUGGGGAAGUCAUCAAGGACCAGUGUGUCCACGGGUCGCUACGAUCGCCCGGUCAGUCCCGCGUCCAACUACACCGACAGAAUGUCCAUGAUGAGUUCGGGAACAGUGAGCAGUCAACACGGUCCCUCGGUGGAGUCGAUGCGUGAUGGUGUGCAGCAUUUCUGUGACAAACAUUUCUCUACAAUACGCAACUUCAUCAGCAACAUAUCAGCCCGCAUUCCUCUCCCAGAAGUCUGCAGUGUCAUCAAUGGUCGUCAUAAGAGGUUUCUUCGCCUGAGUUUCCAGUGUGGAGGUAAGGGAGAUCAGUGCAUCUAUAACAAGUCUUACUUCACACUGGACACAAAGCUGCCCAAAACCUGGAUCCACCUCAUGUUCCUGUCCACUCAGGCCAAAGCAGCGUCGGCCCUCAGCCAGCAUGACUACAGCAUCAGUCGACUGAAGACCUGCUGGGACUCCCUACAGACAGACAGAUCCACAGGGAGCUUCCUCACCCUGGUCACCUCCUCGUUCCCCUCAGCAAAGGAUCAAGACAUUUUGAUACAUGAAUUACAUAGUUGGCGCUUUUUCGAUGUGUUCGAGUUCAAUGCAGCAAAGAAGUACUGGGCAUGCUUCAUGUGUAAUCACCCGGAGAAGAUGUGUGAUCUGAUGAAGAACGGUGCACCCGUCAUUGCUGGGCAGCUGAGGGAAAAGAAAGGUCGCUGGAAAUUCCUGAAGCGCUGGAAGACUCGCUACUUUACUCUGUCGGGGACCCAGAUCACCUACAGCAAGAGUGACCAGCAACAUGAGACACUUCCAGUCAGUAAAAUCCAGAGUGUGAAAGCGGUGAGGAAGGGCUACCGAGAUAUUCCCAAGGCGUUCGAGAUCUUUACCGCCGAUCAGACCUACACAUUCAAGGCCAAAGGUCACCAGAAUAUAGAACAGUGGGUGCAGUGUUUACACAUCGCUGUGGCCCAGGCUCACAAGGGAGAUGACUCUGGGAAGGGGGCGGGCAAGGUAGAGGGGGCGGGGCAGGGAGCCGGGGGGAGGGAGAAUGUGGUGAUUGAGAGACCAAGGUCUGUCAUGGAUACAAAGUUAUGAUGACACAGGGCUCACCCUGCCUACUCUCCGUGUACUGAACCUCAAUGAUCCCAAUUUAAAGAAAAAACCACGGCUUGCAUUCAUUUCAUCUGUGUAUAAGUCAUUCAUCUCAUUUUUCAUUUAAUACCUGAUUUUGCCAAAGAAUUUAUACAGGGAAACUGUUAUACAAUACAGUGCCUCCCUUGUUGUUUUAUUGUAAUGCAUUGUGAUACAUUACAAACCUUUUUUUUGUAACUAAAUCUACAAAAUUACCCACUACGGAACCAACAUUGCUAUAACAGGUUGAUGAACUUGAAAUUUGUUUAUGCAUGGAAGGGUCAGAAGAAUGGUUAUUUCAGAUGACUGUGAUUUCUUUUGGAUUCAAUACAAGGCUUUAUUUAAUUUUGUGUUAUACUUGUUCUUCUAUCUUGCCUACAAAUACACUGUGAUAUCUAUAAUCUACAAAUGGAAGACAUCAGCUUGAAGAAGAGUUAAUCUUUUAAUCUCUGCCUUCAGCUGAUAAAUUAUAUAAUUCCAUUGCAUUUUGCAUCAUCACAAAAUAUGAUGGUCAACCAUCCACACUUUAUUUUUACAUUCCACAUACUGUAGAUCAAUUUUAUCACUAGAUCCUAUUUUUGUUGAAAAAUGGUUGUGUUUUUAUUUGUGAUAUCUCAUACUGAGAAUCACCGCCCAUUUUCUUAAAAAGAAAAAUAUUUUGUUCAUGAGACCUUUAGUUUGGUAAGCUGGAGUCUCUCAAAGUACACAUGAUAAAUGUAUUGCAGAUUAAAACUCCAUUUACAUUAAGUAUGUUUGGAUUUCCCUGUGGCCGUGCCAUUGUAUCUCUUGCUACACAAAGCAAUGUCAUAGACAGGGUAUAACGAUGUGAUCACUGGCCUGAUCAAUGAUUACUUAGCUGUGCAUGUUCAGUGCGUAUUUUGACUCUACCAGUAUAUGGACAGUGUAUUACCGCUACCUAAAAAUUUUCUGUAGUUAUUGUGUAAAGGGACCGCACUAGCUGUACAUCUCCUGUGUAUUUUUUAGACCAUUUAUUCAUCCUAUGUAUGGAAAGUUAUUUGAGCAUGAAUCUCGGGUGUACCAAUACAUAUCAUUUUUUGUUGCUGAGUUGUAAUUAUUUAUUACUUACCUGUCCUUUUGCCUUCUGUCAGUGACUUGUAGUACAUGUAGCAGUAGAGAAAAGAUGAUGCAUUUGAUCAACUGUGGUUAUUGAUUUUUGUUAAUCAGUCAGAUCUAUUUGCUGUUGAAAAGGAUUGAAAAAUAUAUGUUUGUUCAUAGUAAUGCUCUUGUUUUAUAUUAUAAAAUUUAUCGAUUUUAUUAGCAUCAGCCUGUAACAUCUGUAGAAUAUAAAUUUUGUUUGAGAUGAAAUGACAUGUAUUUUUGUUGCUUUGGAUAUCAGUUUCUGUAUAAAGCAAGCUGUCUCAUGUGUUAUAAAUCCAUGCAGUGAAUGGAGAUUUCCAGGUGUUCUGUUUAUAGAAACAAUGAUAUAGUAGAGCAUGGAAAAAUGAACAAAAGACUAUAUAUGAUAAGGGCCUAAAAUGGCCCCUUAAAAUGAACAUCAUCAUUUUAAUAUCAUUCUUUGUUUUCUUAGUACAGAUAUGUAUGUGAUGUGUUUGCAUAAUAUUCAUUUUGGUUCAAGUGCUCACAAUUUAGAAAUAUGACAUUGUAAAGACAACCUUUUCCCGCCAUUUUUGCAUUUUUAGCGUAAAACAGCUUGUUUUCAAGCAGUUUUUCCUUCCGAAAACAUAGAGCGCAUUUUUGAACAAAUAAAAUAUUUUAAUCAGAGAUGUAUCUAGCCAAGAUUAAUACGUGACAAAAAAAUUUUCCUUGUUCAAGCAUGCGCUCUAUAUUUUCCAUUCGUAAAUAGAUAAGAAAAAUGUCAAUUUUUGGCUGAUUUUGAUUGAAUUAUAGAAAUGGCGUCACUUCUGACGUCAUAUACUGCCAGUAAGUGCAAAUAAAUCAAAUAAAUAGAUGAAAAAUAUAUUUUAUAUCGACUCUUCUAAAAAAUUAGUUAACAUUUUAUUGUACCCGAAACACUUUAAAAAUGGCGAAUUAUGGGGGCCAAAUUCAACUCUUAUCAUAUAUAGUUCUUUGGGGAAAAUAUUUUGGGUUAAGUGGUAAAAUUUGAAUCAAACCCGAUCUGUUAAACAAGUUACAUUAUUGAGAAUAAAUCAACAAUAGAUGCAAUGGUCUAAAUUCUGAGUGAAAAUAUACAUAAACUCAAGCAUUAACAAUAUUUAAAGGAGUUUUGCUGAAAAUGAUACCUGGAUCCUCCAGAAAAAAGGAUCACCGGGUAAUCACUCACUUUUGGAUCCAUUGUGAACCCGUAAAAUAUUCCAAGUUCAAGUGCCAUAUUUGUUCUCUAACUCAUUAGAAUGUAAUGCUCAUUUAUGUUUCUCUCUCUUCAAUUGAAGUGCAAUAAUUGAUACCCAGGCAUUGUACCGUUGUAUUGAGGAGGUUGUUGCCCUUUGCUGAGCCCUGUGAUUAUUAUAGAAAUCUACUAGAUACUUUUCUAACCAGUGUGGGUUUUUUUUACCAUUAUCAUAUGAAAGCUGAACAACUGUUUCAGACCUUUAUUUCUCUUGUAGUAUGCCUUUCCAUUUUAUUUUUUUAAUUAUUUUUUUUUUUUUAACAAAUUUUGAACAUAAUAUACUUGUAUUACUACAGCAAUAUUAUUAAGUUUUGUAACAUUGUCAAAGUCUAUAUACCAGUUAUUGUUACUGUAUAAUAUGAAUAUUUUACUCUGUUUUGUAAUAAUUUAUGUCAUUAAAACUAUUAUUUUGUCUUA